GAGCAAGUAGAUCACAUUCCAUUUCCGUUCCAAUGUGGCUCAAACCGUUUUGUUUGAUUAUUUUGUUCCAUUCGGUAACAAAAAUAACACAAGUUCAUUCAUUACAGAAUGGAAUUUGUAAGAAACUUGUCAAGACAUAUUUCAGCAGGAGUUUUGAAACGCGACAAAGUGGACUAGUGAAGUGCUGGGGUCGGAAUAUGCCAUAUUUCUACACAGACAGAACAUGUCAGCUGGGUAGCACUGAGCACGAAACAUAUGAGUGCUGUGAUGGAUAUUAUAACAAUACGCUCGGAGAGUGUUUGCCGAUUUGCACCAAGCCUUGUGAAAAUGGGUAUUGCUCAAGCCCAAACAUCUGUGCAUGUAAUGAUGGAUUUUCAAAAAUUAGCGGAGUGUGCCGGCCUACAUGCCGUCACUGUUCAAACGGAAUUUGCGUAGCCCCAAACCAAUGCAUGUGUAUGAAAGGAUUUGAACGAAAUAACGCUGGUUUAUGUGUUCCGAAGUGUAAUGGAAUCUGCUUGAAUGGUGUUUGUGAUCAAAACGGUGACUGCAUUUGUCAAGAGGGAUACUUUCGAAGCAAUGUGCUUGCUAACUUUGAUGGGCUGGCAAAUGCAACCCUUUGUACACCCAACUGCGAUAAGCCUUGUCAGAACGGACAGUGUAUAGGCCGCAAUCUGUGUCAAUGUUUCGAAGGAUUCCGAUCCUCCUCUUCGAAUGCAUUUGAAUGCGAGCCAAUUUGCCUUACUGAUUGUAUAAAUGGUAAAUGUAUUCUUCCGAACUACUGUCAAUGCGAUGAAGGUUAUCGAUUCAUCGGCGAUCGUUGCUCUCCCAUAUGCGAUCCCCCUUGUGAAAAUGGUGUAUGUAUGGAGCCUGGCAAAUGCGUAUGCCAAGAAGGUUACCAAAGCGAAAAUGGAAAAAAUCAUAAAUGCUUACCAAUUUGCCAAAACCCCUGUGAAAAUGGCACUUGUGUAGCUCCUAAUCAAUGUGCAUGUAUUAAUGGCUAUGUGAGAUCCUUUAAUGAAUCUGGUUUUGAUCGUUGUGUGCCAUUCUGUGAUCCUCAGUUUAUUGAAACGCACAAUGCUCAGUGUAUCGCUCCCAAUGUGAUACAAUGCGAUGAUGAUUAUAUUUUAACUUUAAAUAGAGCUACAAAAAGACUAAGUUGCCAAAAAGAAUGUUAUCCGUCAUGUGUUAAUGGGCGCUGUAACGAGGAUGACCAAUGUGAAUGUCUAAGCGGAUACGUUCCAGCAAUUAGCGAUAGUCCACACAUUUGCACCCCAACCUGUAAUCCUCCAUGCGAAAAUGGUCAUUGCAUUGCGCCUGACGUUUGCAAAUGCCAUGAAGGACACGAAGCACAUCUUGAAAAAUCCAAUUUUUGUUUACCGACCUGUGAUCCACAGGUCGUAAACUGUACUAAUGGUGCUUGCACAUCUGUUAAUACAUGCGAAUGCAAUGAAGGAUAUAACUUAGUGCAGGAUGAAUCUUCGGAUCUGGUCGGGAAUGAGACAUCCCCGUUACGUUGCCUGCCCAGUUGUAAUUAUUUACCAAGUCAUGCUGAAUGUGUUGCUCCCGGAAUGUAUCGUUGUCUUGAAGGAUAUGCAAAAAACAAUGAUGAGGAUUCGGAUUGUAUUCCAGUGUGCGAGCAAGGAUGUUAUAAUGGUUCUUGUAUCGCUCCUAAUGUAUGCAUUUGUUCUGAAGGAUUCAGGAAAGAUGAUAACGACGAAUGCCAGUCCAUCUGUGAAAGCGAUUGCGAAGGUCUUGGCGGGACGUGUGUUGAAAACAAAUGUCAGUGUUUUGAAGGUUAUAAUAAUCGUAUCAGCAAUUAUCAGUGCUCACCUACCUGCGAUCAAUGCGAAAAUGGUGAUUGUAUCGCGUUAAAUGUUUGCAUCUGUUUUGACGGAUACAGCUCCAAUAAAACAGGGAUAUGUGAGCCUGUUUGUAACAACUGCAGUGAGACAGCUAUUUGUCAGGAACCUAACAAAUGCGCAUGCUAUGAAGGGUGGGAGCCAUCGCAGGAUCAAGACGGUCAAUUGAUUUGUAUCGAAAAGCUCAGUUCAGCGAGUCAAACACAUCUCGAAGAACCGUACAUCGUGCUCAUUGCUGUCGUUGCAUUGGUGGGAAUUAUUGCAUUGCUAACUACUACGUACUUUCGAUGUAGAAAGUUUCCUGAAAAUAACCUUAGCACAGUAAAAAUGAGCGAUAUUAAAAUAAUCGAAUAAACAAUGUUAGAUAAUCAAAGGGAAUAAAUAAAAUGUGGAGGAUUAAAACGUAGCACUAGGCUUUAAUAUGUGUUUUUUUGAGAUAGGGGUACUGGAAAGUCUCCGCACUAACAUGGUGCAAUACAUUUUAAAAUACAAGUUAUAGCAUGACUUAAAAGAGAUUCUAGAUUUUGCAAAAGUGAAUCAUGUAUAGGUAGUUUGCUUUAUACUCAUAAAUGCCUUUUUGGUGACAUUUUUGACAUUAUUGUUGAACAAUAUCGUUUCCAUGUAGAAUGUACAAUUACCGA